UCAUUGGCCGGCGCGGGCCUCCUGACGUCAUCUGCGGGCGCGAAGCCGGAAGUGCGGCGGCGCCGUGGCGGAGACACGUGUGGGGUCUUGGGACCCGCAGCUGGGAGACUGGAGACGCCGGGUCCGGGGUCUCUCCGCACGCCAGCACCAUGAGCUUCGUGGCCUACGAGGAGCUGAUCAAGGAGGGUGACACGGCCAUCCUGUCAUUGGGCCACGGAGCCAUGGUUGCGGUGCGAGUACAGCGAGGCGCGCAGACCCAGACCCGGCACGGCGUCCUGCGGCACUCAGUGGACCUCAUCGGCCGGCCUUUUGGCUCCAAGGUGACCUGCGGCCGUGGCGGCUGGGUCUACGUGCUGCACCCCACGCCCGAGCUCUGGACGCUGAACCUGCCACACCGCACCCAGAUCCUCUACUCCACCGACAUCGCGCUCAUCACCAUGAUGCUGGAGUUACGGCCGGGCUCCGUGGUCUGCGAGUCUGGUACCGGCAGUGGCUCUGUGUCGCACGCCAUCAUCCGCUCCAUCGCACCCACCGGCCACCUGCACACGGUGGAGUUCCAUCAGCAGCGCGCUGAGAAGGUGCGAGAGGAGUUCCAGGAGCACCGCGUGGGCCGCUGGGUGACCGUGCGCAACCAGGACGUGUGCCGCAGUGGCUUCGGUGUGAGCCGCGUGGCCGACGCGGUCUUCUUGGACAUCCCGUCGCCCUGGGAGGCCGUGGGCCAUGCCUGGGAGGCCCUCAAGGUGGAAGGUGGCCGCUUCUGCUCCUUCUCGCCCUGCAUUGAGCAGGUGCAGCGUACAUGUCAGGCGCUGGCAGCCCGUGGCUUCUCGGAGCUGAGUACCCUGGAGGUGCUGCCCCAGGUCUACCACGUGCGCACCGUAAGUCUGCCUGCCCCGGACCUGGGGGCCGGCUCGGACGCCUCCCCCGAUGCCCGCUUCCGCAGCGGCACCCCUAUGAAGGAGACCGUAGGCCACACCGGCUACCUGACCUUCGCCACCAAGACCCCUGGCUAGUGGCCGCAGGGGCAUCUGGGUGAGGUGCUUCCCACGGUCGUGGACGCCUGCAGGCCCCUGGGCAGGACAACCUCCCCAGACCCACCGGGCUGGACUCUGGGGGAACUCCCCGCCCCUGCUGAGCACUGAGUCCAGUUCCCAGAGCCUCGGACCCUGGGUGUGAAUCCAAGGGGAACACUGGACCCCACAGAAGGAAGUAGAGGACUCAGGGUCAUAGGAGGAGGGCUGGGGCCUCAAGCAUGUGGCCACAGUGUCACUGAGGGCUGACAGUCCUGGUCUAGGGCUGCCUAUAGGCCCACUCCCAGGUCUGCAGACACAUCUGGAGGAAUGUAGGCUGGGGGUGGCAGGGCCCUGGGUACCUGAGAGGAAUAAAAGCUGCUGUCCCGUC